AUGGCGACGUUGCGAAGAUUUUCGGUCGGAGUUGCCACACUCCUUCUGACACAAUUCUCUCAUUCUCAAGAUAAUGCUAAUGAAAAUGAUAUCCUUGUAGUCGAUUCGCAGAAUUCCACGGCUCAGACUCCAGAAAGCGAUCAAUGUCGUAUCUGGGUAGGUAUGUCAACAAUUCCAGGUGCAGGACUGGGAAUGUUCGCAGGAAAAGACUUCGAUAAAGGGGAAUUAUUGCUCCCGGUAGGCGAUUUGGUUAUACCGAUUGUUGAUCUGGGAACUCGCCGGAAAAUUACCUUCCUUUGGAAUGACUACACCUGGGCAUCGCACUCUGGAUACUAUGGGGCAACCAAAAUGGCGGCGCAUGAAACAGACAUGGCUUCUCCCGGCUUUGGAGCUGUAGCCAAUGGUUAUAUGGAUUUUCUCAAUGUCGAUCAGGAUGGAGGGUGUGAAUACGGUCCCGAAGAAUUAGAUCGUUUGAGAGAUCCGGAAGCUGGGGCUUUCAGUUUGCAUCACAGUCGCAUGUCCCAUGCAGGACGAAAGGUCGCAAAAGGCGAAGAAUUAUUCAACAACUAUGGAAACAAGUGGUUCAAGCAACGACAGUACAAAUUGGGUGUCAUCCCACUCUGGAAGGAUCAUAAACGAGCUGAAUCGCUUUACAAAAAGUUUUCAGAAAAGCUGCUGUCAAAAUAUGAAGAUUCUAGUCUAUCUUCAGUGGUGCAAGAUUUGUGGGCCACCUUUGUGACGGACGAAAAGAAUACUUGGCAGUCAACCGUCUUCGCUGCUCUUCCUCCAAAAGAAGACUAUCAGCAAAUGGAAAAGCUUGGCCUCAAGCAAUUGAAGCGUUCACAAAUGACUCGGUCGCAAGAUUGGCUUGACAAACAUGCAUUGUGUGCCGAUAACUUCGAAUUUGGAGUGUCUACCAUUCCAAAGGCAGGCCAUGGCUUGUUUGCGUCCCGCUACUUGUCGGAGGGUUCCGCGAUUCUACCUGUCCCACUCAUUCAUAUUCCAGAGAGAUCUGUUCUGACAAUGCGACAACCCCGGAAACUCAUUGAUAUGGGACACAAACACGAGAAAUUCACCCGCCAGCAGCUUCUGUUGAACUACUGCUUGGGGCAUGUCGACUCAACUUUGGUUUUGUCUCCAUAUGGACCAAGCUUCGGCUUGAUAAACCACAAUCAGACCCGGGCCAACGUGCGACUGCAAUGGGCAAAGCCUGAAAGAAGUAAUCACUUCCCAGAGGCAUUGGAGAAGGAUGUUAAAUGGUUCACGACUGAAAAAGGUUCAAGACUCGGAAUGGAAGUUAUCACACUGAGAGAUAUUGAGCCUGGCGAAGAAAUUCUCCUCGACUACGGCGACGACUGGGAAAAGGCAUGGCGAGAGCACAAAGCAAAAUGGAGACCACUUGAGAAAUCACUAAACUAUGUGUCUGCCUACGAGAUGAAUCGACGACAAAAUAGCACAUUGAAGACAGUCUUUGAAGAAAUCAAAGAACCUUAUCCUUCAAACAUUGUACUCGGUUUUCGAGAAGAAUACAAUCACACAGGUCCGUGGAGGAAUGCAAAUGAAACUGGAACUGAUAACUUUUUCUUCAAGGAGGGUCUAUCGGACAUGACAAGUUGUGAGAUACUAAGACGUGAAGAAAUGAAUGGCCAAACGUUGUACGCCGCAGUCUUGGCUGACAGAAAUAACACGGACAAAAACGUUCUGCUAGAACAUUUACUGCGGGAAGCGUUUGAAUUUUCUGAUGCUCCGUACACCACAGAUGUCUUCCUACGAAACGCUUUCAGGCAUGAAAUAAGGAUACCAGACGACAUGUUCCCAGAGGCUUGGAAAAAUCUGCGUGAAGCAUCUGAUUUCCCCCCGCCAAAUGUGUAG